AUGUCAGGCUCUGGGCGAAAAGACUUCGAUGUGAAGCACAUCCUGCGACUCCGCUGGAAACUCUUCAGCCAUCCCUCGCCAUCCCAGAGCGGCCCCGCGGGGGGCAGUUGCCUGCCACAGGAUGGCAGCGGUGGCUUUGAGCACUGGGGACCCAGCCAAAGCCGCCUGCUGAAAAGCCAAGAGAGGGGCAGCGUCGGCACUUUCUGGAAGAAGCCUUCCUCUUCUUCUUCUUCAUCCUCUUCGUCCUCUUCCUCCUCUUCUUUCAAUCCGCUGAAUGGCACCCUGCUGCCAGUUGCCACGAGGCUGCAGCAAGGGGCUCCCGGACAGGGCACCCAGCAGCCAGGCAGGACACUCUUCUACGUGGAGUCCCUAGAAGAGGAGGUGGUACCAGACAUGGACUUCCCUGGACCACACGAAAAAGGGCUGGUCCUUCAAGAGCUCAAAGUGGAGCCGGUCAACUCGAAUCAGGCAACAGGUGAAGCGUGUGGACACAGGCUGCCACCAACCAGCCAUUCACUGGCACCUCAGAAUGAUUUGGACUCCAGUUGUUCUGAAGAAUUCUAUCAAGCUGUUCACCAUGCUGAACAAACUUUCAGAAAGAUGGAAAGUUACUUGAAGCAGCAGCAACUUUGUGAUGUUAUCCUGAUUGUUGGAAACAGAAAAAUACCUGCACAUAGGCUUGUUCUGAGUUCAGUAUCCGACUAUUUUGCGGCAAUGUUUACAAGUGAUGUUUGUGAAGCUAAACAAGAGGAGAUCAAGAUGGAAGGCAUAGACCCAAAUGCCCUGUGGGAUCUAGUCCAAUUUGCAUAUACAGGUUGCUUGGAGUUGAAGGAAGACACUAUUGAAAAUCUUCUUGCUGCAGCGUGCCUUCUUCAGCUUCCUCAAGUAGUCGAAGUGUGCUGCCACUUCCUCAUGAAGCUUUUGCACCCGUCCAACUGCCUAGGAAUCCGAGCAUUCGCAGAUGCUCAGGGAUGCAUUGAGCUAAUGAAGGUGGCCCACAGCUACACAAUGGAAAAUAUAAUGGAAGUUAUCAGAAACCAAGAGUUUUUACUCCUUCCAGCUGAGGAACUCCAUAAACUCCUAGCCAGUGAUGAUGUAAAUGUUCCUGAUGAAGAAACCAUCUUCCACGCAUUAAUGAUGUGGGUCAAGUAUGACACUCAGAGGAGAUGCAAUGACUUGAGUAUGCUUCUCGCCUUCAUUCGGCUGCCACUGCUUCCACCACAGAUAUUAGCUGACCUGGAAAACCAUGCAUUAUUUAAGAAUGAUCUUGAAUGUCAAAAGCUGAUUCUGGAAGCAAUGAAAUAUCAUUUGUUGCCAGAAAGAAGAACUUUAAUGCAAAGUCCAAGAACUAAGCCUAGAAAAUCUACAGUUGGAACUCUGUAUGCUGUGGGAGGAAUGGACAACAACAAAGGAGCUACAACAAUAGAAAAAUAUGAUCUCAGAACAAAUUUGUGGAUACAGGCAGGAAUGAUGAAUGGGAGGAGACUGCAGUUUGGUGUAGCUGUGAUCGAAGACAAACUGUUUGUAAUUGGAGGUCGAGAUGGCUUAAAGACAUUAAAUACUGUGGAAUGUUACAAUCCCAAAACAAAAACCUGGACUGUAUUGCCACCAAUGUCAACACAUAGACAUGGCCUAGGUGUAACAGUACUUGAGGGCCCUAUUUAUGCUGUGGGUGGCCAUGACGGCUGGAGCUAUCUGAACACGGUGGAGAGGUGGGAUCCGCAGAGCCAACAGUGGACAUUUGUAGCCAGCAUGUCAAUUGCUCGAAGCACAGUUGGUGUAGCAGCACUGAAUGGCAAGUUAUAUUCAGUUGGAGGUCGAGAUGGGAGCUCCUGUUUAAGUUCAAUGGAAUAUUACGAUCCUCAUACAAAUAAGUGGAACAUGUGUGCACCAAUGUGUAAGAGGAGAGGGGGAGUUGGCGUGGCCACGUGUGAUGGCUUUCUUUAUGCAGUCGGAGGUCAUGAUGCUCCUGCUUCUAACCACUGUUCCCGGCUGUUAGACUAUGUAGAAAGAUAUGAUCCCAAAACAGACACUUGGACCAUGGUGGCCCCUUUGAGUAUGCCUAGAGAUGCUGUUGGGGUAUGUCUCCUUGGAGAUAGAUUGUAUGCUGUUGGUGGCUAUGAUGGGCAGACAUACCUCAACACUAUGGAAUCCUAUGAUCCACAAACGAAUGAGUGGACACAGAUGGCUUCCUUGAAUAUUGGAAGAGCAGGUGCCUGUGUAGUGGUUAUCAAACAACCUUGACUUAAAUCAUUUCAUUUGGAUGUAUUUCAUUUGCUGAAGUGGUUAUUUUUAUAUCAUAUGACAAGAAAGAAUUUCAUGAGAUGAAGACUCUUCAAGAGCAAGGAUGUAUGUGGUUUUACCUACUGAUACCUAGAGAGGUAGAAAGUCAAACAGAAUUACAGGAAAGAGGAAAAUAUAAAGUUAAUAGAGGAACAGAAUUCAGCCAUGUGCCAGUUAAAGAAUGGUUAUUGGUUAUUUGCUUUGUAUUGUAGCAUACAAAAACUAGAGUUACCAAAGGCUUAAUUUUUUUUUGUAGCAGUUCAAAGGAGAAACCAAUGUUUGCAGCAUCAGUCAUUUCAUGACUCCAACUCAUUCAAUUGUUCUGUACUCCAUAGUAAUACAUAGCAGGUUGCCGAGAGUAGAAAACAUGAUAUUUCAUCUGACAAAAUCUGAUUAGCUUACUGUUUUCCUAAUCAGAUACGAUCAUAAGAGGAAACACAAUGCUCUUAUUGAAAUAAAUCUGCUUCCUCCUCAUUUUUCUAAGCUUUUAGAACAAGUAGAGAAACAGAUUCACCCUUGUUUCUUGCAUUCAGAAAACAAACUGUCCUGCUAAUCAAGGCAACCUAUUUCAGAGCUGAUGGUUAAAUGUUAUUGUAACCAUAUUAACCUGUGAAGCGGCCGGACAUAAAGGACUGUUUUUGUUAGGCUUGCCACGUUGCUUUGUGUUUUGAAAACACUGAGCCAAAGAAUCAGAAUUGUUAUGGGCAUUUGCCUGAGGUUGAGUUCAGUGUAAGCAUGAAGCUAGUUAUUCUGAAUGCUAAUAUAUAUAUUCAUUGCAUGUUGAAGUCCUUUAAAAUUUUAUUACUAAGAAGACUUAGAACUUUCAGAGAGAAAUAUAUACUCCAUUAAAUUGGAGUGUUUAAGGUUGUUGCUAGAAGCAAGACAGAAUUCAGAUUCUCAUUACCCACUUUUUAACUUACUAUGUUAGCAGGUACAUUAUUUUAGGCGAAAUGUAUUUAAUUGUUUAAAGCAUAAAAUACAAGCAUUAUAUAAUAUCCUUAGUAAAAAGAUUCAUGUGAAUUUU